CACCACCGAGCACCAUCAUCCACUCACCACCAGAGCUCCCAGAUCAGAUCGGAUCGGAGACAUGAUGCCUCGCAGCACCGGUCUCGGCUUGGAGCUCGGCCUCGGCCUCGGGCUCGCCUCCCAGGGCAGCCUCACCUCCUCCACCACCACCGCCUCCUCCUCCCCGGCCUCGCACUGGAGCGCCGCGCUCAGCUCCGUCGUCGGCGCCGCGGGCAGGGACGCCUACCACCGCGCGCAGCAGGACUACAACGGUAACAACCACCAGAAUCAGCUGCUGCAGCAGCAGGAGCCCGGCAGGACGUCCACGUCGCCCGAGAGCGGCGUGAGCGGCACCAAGAGGGCGCUCGAGCGCACCGGCUCCGGCGUCUCCCGCGGCGCCGCCGCCAGCGACGAGGACGACGACGGCGGGGACGGCGCCGGCGGCCGCAAGAAGCUGCGCCUAUCAAAGGACCAGGCCGCCGUCCUAGAGGAGUGCUUCAAGACGCACAGCACGCUCAACCCCAAGCAAAAGACGGCGCUGGCCAACAGGCUGGGCCUGCGGCCGCGGCAGGUGGAGGUGUGGUUCCAGAACCGCCGCGCGCGCACCAAGCUCAAGCAGACGGAGGUGGACUGCGAGUACAUGAAGCGCUGGUGCGAGCAGCUCGCCGAGCAGAACAAGCGCCUCGAGAAGGAGGUGGCCGAGCUCAGGGCGCUCAAGGCCGCGCCGUCGCCGGCGCAGCAUCAGGCAUCACCCGCCGCCACACUCACCAUGUGCCCGUCCUGCCGUCGCGUCGCGUCCACCGCCGCCGCCACGCCAAACCAACACCCUAACAACAACCACCACCACCAGCAAUGCCACCCCAAGCAAUCUAACCCCCAGGCCGCCGCCGCCGGCAACGUCCUGCCCAGCCACUGCCAGUUCUUCCCGUCUACCGCUGGCACCGCCGCCGACCGGUCAACCAGGCAGGGCACGUGGAACGGCGCCGCGCAGCCGCUCGUCACCAGGGAACUCUUCUGAGACGAGAUCUCGCCGCCGUCGCACGCGCGCGCGCGCGAUCGACAGCAUGGAUCCAAGCAGUGAUUAAUUAGGAGAUUUCAUCAGGUGCCGCGCGAUCCGGCCAAUUAAUCAAACCCAUUAACUGGCCGAUCGCCCCAAGGAGAAGAUUUGUUUUGGUUUGGGUAAUUAUUAGUGACCUCGAUGAUUUCGUUUUGGUUAGUAGUAAUUCGGUUUGGAUUAUUUUUUUCUUUCUGAAUCGACCGAUGAACAAAGAACACAACAGGUUAAGUAAGCAAAAGCGAGAAAUGUCUGUCUGCUUUUUCAUGGACGGCGUGUACCCAUCCACCCAACCCCUGCCGGUUGGUGGAUUAACCAGCUUGAUUGAUUUGUACCACUGCUACUACUACUAAUUGAUGAUUGAUUCA